AAAAUAUAGUAAAAAUGUGGGCGAUAAUAGGGCAACCCAUUUUCCUUGUUUUUUUUUUUUUAUAGAAUAAACAACACAAUGAAGAAGUUUCAACAGAGGGCUUAUAAGCGUAGAUGGGCUGCCACAACUAGGCAUUUGAAGAAGCAAUGCCGACAGUCAACUUUAGAAUUAGAGAGUGAUGAUAGCGAGCAAGAGAAUGACACGGCAAUCUUUACAACUCCAGAAACAGUGACAACCCUUCAGUACAUGGAUGCUGCGGAGACUGCUUCCUGCACUGCCGCCGGUGCUGACAAUGCCACCUACAGUGGCCCUGAUAGGGAUGAGCCUGAUGAAAAUGAUGCUGAUUGGAGACUAAUCGACCAUCAUGUCACCUUGUCAUCUGAUUCAGAAAAUGAGAGUGAUAGUGACUGCUUUGAAGAUAUUUUGAGGUCUGGAUUAUUUUAUCUUCAGAAUAGCUUCUGCUAUUGGCCAAAGCCAAAUCCUACCCACUCCAGAAUCCGGAGAGCUGAGAUUCCUGACAAAGAAGUCUGGGAUAGGCUGCCAAUUCGGGUUUUCAGGAAAACAUUGACUGAAGACUUUGACAAGGCCCUUCAAUAUGAAAAACAAGCUGAAAUGUUUUCGAGCCCAGAGGAAGAAGAAAUGUCAACCAAAUGGAGCCACAUCACCCCUGAACGUUAUAGAAACGAUGAGGAAGAUGUGUUUGAUGCUGACGGCGAAGAGGAAAUUUGGCCAAAAAAGAAGUGCAGAAAAGAGAAAUUACAGAUCCUCAUCCAGGCACCCCUACUGCCAGUGCUCCCACCAUUGAACUUUCCAAACUCCAGCGAGUACCAGACCACUUCAGCCAGUACCAGCCAAUACUACACCAUUCCAAGGCAUCCAGGCCGACCUCACAGCCCAGCGAGAAGCAGCACUUACAGGCUCAGUCCAGACAGGAAUCAUGCAUCCAGCUCAAGCCAGUACCAAACCACUCCAGCCAGUACGAGUCAGUACCAGACCACUCCAAGAAGCAGCAGGAAUGCCCUUGAAAGUGAACUUUUCCAGUUAAACAUGAAAGUUCAAAAAAUAGUUGAGAACCAGGGAGAAAUUAUGCGCAUGCUGAGAGGGCUGGCAGCACAGUCUGUGGGGCCAGAAGCUGUGGAUGUUCAAGAUCUCAUUGAGAAGCCUUUCGAGACUCUUGAGCAGCUUAAGGCCUUCUGUGAACAGCUCGACACUGAUCUUCUGCUCAGAAAGCAGCUGGUGAAAGCUCUUACUGCUCUUGGUGGGCAGAAUUUGGCAGACACGGUGAGGACAAUGCUGAGGAAAAUUGCCACAAACAAAGUCCUGGAGCAGCUUGGUCUCCGUGGAAAGACAGGCAAAGUGGCGUUUGAGGACUUGCCCUUUUACAGAAUAAUAAUAAAGCCAUGCAGGGGUGUUUACAAACAGACGACCACAGCUGAAGUAGAUUGUGAGCUUGGAGAGGUCCUGAAACUGGCCACUUUUCGAAAGGGAGGUUCAAAGUUUGAGGAGAAGAGGAGGAAUUAAGAGGAAGCGACGGCGAAGAAGGGCAAAGGGAAGUGUAAAAAGGAAAUGGACAGUGAGAUGAGUGACCAGGAAGUGAAGAAGAAGAAAACAGGGAAAGGGAAAAGAACCAAGCAAACGCUAGUGAGACCAGUGAGCAUUGAGCAGGAAGAGAACCAACAAGAAGGGGCAGGAGUACACUGACGCGCACGACCAAGACCACAGCAUUCCAUUUCUAUUCCAUCCAUCUUCUUCCGCUUAUCCGAGGUCGGGUCGCGGGGGCAGCAGCCUAAGCAGGGAAGCCCAGACUUCCCUCUCCCCAGCAACUUCGUCCAGCUCUUCCUGUGGGACCCCGAGGUGUUCCCAGGCCAGCCGGGAGACAUAGUCUUCCCAACGUGUCCUGGGUCUUCCCCGCGGCCUCCUACCGGUCGGACGUGCCCGAAACACCUCCCUAGGGAGGCGUUCGGGUGGCAUCCUGACCAGAUGCCCGAACCACCUCAUCUGGCUCCUCUCGAUGUGGAGGAGCAGCGGCUUUACUUUGAGCUCCUCCCGGAUGGCAGAACUUCCAUUUCUAUUGUAUUAUAAUUAUCACUAAUAAAGAAUUAUUGUUUAAUUUUCUGUUUUGAGUGUCAGUCCUGACAAUAUAGCACAAAAAUAGAC